CGUGCACCAUAAAUAAGUUAAAGCUUAAUUUUCCUUUCAAGCUACAUCUGGUAAUGCCAGAGUUGAUUCUGACCUCAACGGUCUUUCAUGUGGAAUGAGUCAACUGGCUGAAAGACAAUGGAUGAGACUUGUGUAAAUGUAAAGCGUCUUGAAGAAAAUGAAGAACAGUGCACCGAUGAAGAUAAGACAGACCAAGAUAAGGUGGAGGAAAAGCUAAUCAGCUCUAAUGAGCGUUCAUGGAAACCAUGGCAAGAAUCGCGGUCACGAAUCAGAGAGUGUGUGCUGUAUGUGAAGAAGAUUCUGGUGUCUUUUGCUAGCAUGGAGUGGUACUGUUAUGCCCUGUUAGGGAUCAUCACCGCUCUAAUGAGCUUCUUCAUGGAUGUGACUGUAGCCAAGGUGCUGAAUGCUCACCAAUGGCUGUAUGGAUGUCUGAAGGGUCACCACCUGCUGCAGUUCCUCUGCUGGACGCUUUACCCAGCCUGUCUUUGUGCUCUGUCCACCAGCUUCGCCCAUAGCAUCUGCCCAUUCUCUGCAGGCUCUGGUGUUCCUGAGGCGAGGGCUAUUCUCUUAGGGAUGGACAUGCCAGAUUACCUGUCCCUCUCCAAUCUCUUCGCUAAACUGUUUGGCCUGAUAUGCACACUAGCUUCGGGCAGCACAGUGUUUCUCGGCAAAGUGGGUCCAUUUGUCCAUUUAUCUAUCAUGGUGGGUGCGUUCAUGAGUCGCCUGCAUGUUUCCUGCCGUGGUGGAAAACAGAGAACAGCUAAAGGAGAAAUGCUGGUUGUGGCGUCAGCGGUGGGCGUCGCGAGCUGUUUUGGGGCUCCAGUCAGCGGUGUUCUGUUCAGUAUAGAAGUGAUGGGGACUCAUUAUUCAGUCAGAGAUUACUGUCCAUGCUUCUUUGCAGCGGCUUGCGGCGCAAUCACCUUCAGACUGCUUUCUGUCUGUAGUAGAGAUCAAGAAACCAUCCAGGCCCUGUUUAAAACCAGCUUUUCUUCUGAUCUUCCCUACCAGCCUUUUGAAAUAUUUAUUUUCGCUCUGCUUGGGCUGUUCUGCAGUAUUCUCAGCUGUAUUUAUUUAUUCUGUCAUCGCUGGGCUCUGCGUUUUGUCAAAACAAACAAACCCAUCAGCAGACUUCUGGCAACAGAAAAGUCACUUUAUUCAGCCAUAGUUGCAUUUCUCCUCGCCUGCUUUACGUUUUAUCACUCAGCGGGACAUUUCAUUGCUGCUGAGCUCACAAUGAAGCAGCUACUUACUUCGCUGUUAGAUGGCACUUCCUGGUACACUGUUUCCCAGAAUGCAUCUGCCCUGCCUGAACCUCAGAAAACAUUCUGGCAGGCAUGGAACCCACCUGGCAAGAGUUACUUCCAAACACUAGGAUUUUUCAUUACUGCAAAGGUUGGGCUGUUGGUCGUGGCUUGUACAUUGCCUUUACCUGCUGGCUAUUUCAUGCCAGUAUUUGUUUACGGUGCUGCGGUGGGGCGUUUGGUAGGUGAGGGCUCGGCCUAUUUGCUCUCAGAUGGAAUCUCAUCAGGAAAGAGUUUGAUAAACCCGGGCGGCUAUGCGCUGGCAGGAGCAGCUGCCUUCUCUGGGGCUGUGACACACACGCUCUCUCCAGCCCUACUGGCUCUGGAAAUGACCGGCCAGUGCUCUCACGCUGUUCCCGCUCUGGUUGCCACGCUGGUAUCCAACGCGGUGGCUCGUGCGAAGCACCGUCCAUCUUUCUACGACGGCAUAUCCCUUAUUAAACAGCUCCCGCACUUGCCAUCUCUCAUCCGCGCUUGUCCAAAGUUGGCCAAUGUUCAGAUCAAGCAGUUUGUGAUCCCAGCAGGAGUUGUUCUGGAGAGGACAGAGACACUGGCGAGUCUGAAGCAUAUCCUAAACGACAGCGCAGACAAUGAAUUUCCUGUGGUGGACUCUCACGACUCCCCUAUUCUCCUGGGUACAAUCAACAAAUCACAGCUGCAUGAGUGUCUGCAUCGGCAUGGAAAUGAGGGUUUAUGUAAACAGCUAGAGGAAGUAUGUUCUAUUCAACCUGUGCGGCUACAUCUGACUCCUGAAAGCACUGUAAAGCAGGCUCAUUGCAUCAUGAGUAUCACGGGUGAGCAGCGCCUGUUUAUAACGGAGAGUGGGCGGCUGUGUGGCGUCAUCACAUGGAAAGAGAUGAAGAAAAUAAUUGAUGAGAUGGCGAAGGAAGUCUGAUGCAUGGACAAUUAGCUCAGACAUCAAAAUCACACACCCAGGACAGGCAUCAAUUUGUGCUUCCCAUUUUGAUAAUUAUUUCAUCUGCUGGUGAUUUUAUUAUGUGGAUCAUUAUGUGGAUAAUUAUUCAUAGUGAAAUAAUAAAGAAAUCUUUUUAAAUGAAGCAGCAAUUUAGUAGGGUACAACAGAGAUGAAGUUCCAAUAUUUUAUGUAUUCUGAUUUUAAAAACAAAAAUAGCAAAACCACCACCAGAACACUUUUAAAUAUUUUUUCAAAUGUAGAUUUAUGGGACUAAUGAAAGUCUAAUUUACCAAGAUGAUUUUAUCAUUAGUUAUUCCAUAAGUGCAAGGAUAAUAUUUGUGACCUUGGACCAGUCAUAAGGGUCAGUUUUUUGAAAUUGAGAUUUAUACAUCAUCUGAAAGCUGAUUAAAUAAGCUUUCCAUUGAUGUAUGUUUGUUAGGGACAAUAUUUGGCUGAGAUACAACUAUUUGAAAAACUGGAAUCUGAGGGUGCAAAAAAUCGAAAUAUUGAGAAAAUUGCCUUUAAAGUUGUCCAAAUGAAGUUCUUAGCAAUGCAUAUUACUAAUCAAAAAUUAAGUUUUGAAAUAUUUACGGUAGGAAAUUUACAAAAUAUCUUCAUGGAACAUGAUUUUUCUUAAUAUCCUAAUGAUUUUUGGCAUAAAAAAGCAAUAAUUUUGACCCAUACAAUGUAUUGUUGGCGAUUUCUACAAAUAUUCCUGUUCUGCUUAUGAUUGGUUUUGUGGUCCAGGGUCACAUUUGAGGUACAAAACCCCUUUUAUUGCAUCUUGAAAAGAAAUAGUCAAAUAUGUUGGCUAAAGAGGAAAAUAAAAUGAAAUGUUUAUACACAUUUAUGUCAAUAAAUGUUGCUCAAGACAUUGCUACACCAAAUAUAGCUGAAUAUGCCUAUUUUGCCCAAUCACAGGUGCUUUGAUAGCUGUACUAUAUCAGCUCAAUGUAGCUCUCCCAAUGGGCUUUUUUCCCCCAAUGGGCUAUUUUUUGGCAUUUUCGCCUUUAUUAUGAUCAAAUAAUCAUAAUAAGAUCAGACAGAUCAGAGAAAGGUCCUUGAGUCGGGAUUCAAACUCAGGACACCCGUAGCGCUAUAUGUCGGCAUGCUGCACACAAAGCUAUCGGCACCGACCUCCCGAUGGACUUUUGCCUGUCAACACUUUUAUAUUUUCAUGGUUUUUUUUAAUCAAAGCAAACUUCUUUUAUUAUUUAUUUUUCACAAAUUGUGUGCCUCCACCAAUUUUUGAUAAAACAGAAUAUAUAUUCUCGAAGAGUCAUACACUUUGGGAGACAUUCAAGGUCCUGUCGUACCCUACUGCUGUCAUGCUGUAUGAAUGGAUGUCUAGAGUUUGAAUGAAAUGAGAUAUCUGUUUGUAACCUCAUGCAGCGUGUUAGCUUUAUGAGCCUCACGCUGGGAGAAAAGAACAGAACAAAGGCUUCAGUAAUAAAUGACCUUCGUUUAAUUUCUCAGCCAUCCCAA